AUUGUUAGAAGAAAAUGGUAGAGGCUAAGGAUAAGUUAUCGUCAUACCGGUGGUGGUUUGACAGUCAGAAGAACAUCACUCCGAAUCGCUCACCAUGGCUUCAAUCAACUCUUGCUGAACUAGAUGAAAAGACAGAGGCCAUGCUGAGGAUAGUUGAACAAGAUGCAGAUUCGUUCCGCCAAAGAGCAGAAAUGUAUUACAAGAAGCGACCACAGCUCAUUAACAUGGUUGAGGAUUUCUAUAGGACCCAUCGCUUGUUAGCUGAGAAGUAUGAUCAAAUCAAGUGCGAGUCUGGUACUCGCCUUUUGACACCGUGGAUGUCUCCAUUGUCUUUCACCAAGUAUCCACACAAAAAACCGAUGAGCGCCACUGAAAUAUCCUAUGACAGCUAUUCAGAAACCUUUGACCCAGAGUCUGAGUUAUCAGAUAAUAUGUCUGAGGUCGAUGAUCCUGACAUAGAAGAAGAAGAAGAAAUACAAACCCCCCGAUCAGAGAAGGGAACAGUGGAAAUAUCAAGUGGCUUUCGCGUCAACAAUGAUGAAGUAGUGAAGCUGAGGGAAGAAAUUGAGAGGCUGAAAGAAGAGAGCAGAGUUCAGCAGGAGCUUCUAAUGCAGAAAGAUGAAGAGAAAAGAGAGGUCAUCAGGCAGCUCAGUUUAGCUAUUGAUUUGCUGAGGGAGGAAAAUAUUAUGCUGAGGAAGUGUGUUACUAAGACUUCAUCUCCAAAGAAGGAAAACAUCAAUGAGCUCAAGACAUUAAAAGACGGGUUCCGGAAAACGUCAUCUCCAAAGAAGGAAAAUAACAUUGAGCUCAAGACAUUUAAGGAGGGGUUCUGGAAGAGGCUCUUCAAUGGAUCUCCUUAGUCAGAGGCUGUAAUAAUUGAUCAUUCUACAGUCUAGUGUGCAAUAUUGCUUCAUUCUUUAUAGUCUUGUUGUUGUCUAGAAGUAGUGAUAUUUUUAAUAUAUGUAGGAUUUAUAAGUACUCUUAUUUCAUUUGCUAUCCUAGUACUCCUAAGUCAUUCUUGAUGUUAUUAUUGGUCUGAUCAAUUUGUUUUAGUACAGUAGUAAUACAUAAAGUGUUGAAUUUCAGUUCUA